AUGAGUCAACCACCCAGAUCGCGCCGCAGGAGGCCGCCCAAUGGUUCCCUCCACAUUGCCGGAAGCGUGGACUCUUGCUCAUCCGACAGUCGACACAUCCAACGAUAUGACUUCUGCCAAGCUAUGCUACAAGGCAACGUCGACUCAGCUAAUGUGCUUGACAAUGGCGCACCUGUUCCCGAAGGGGUUUAUGCUCGCUUUAUCUACGAAGUUCAUGGAACCGCUUCUUUAGAGCAACUUGAAAAGGCAUGCAGGCUGCUGAUACAAAAUAAUGAGAUUUUGAGAACAAGGUUCUCGAUUACCGUUGAACCUGAAAGAGCGGUAGGGGUGAUUUCAUCUGACGAUACCUCCGCCCAGUUCUUGUACUUUGAUGUAAUUUCUGGAGCAGAAGCCCACUGGAAAACUUUCAAGAAAGACUACCUUGACCAACGAUUGGCAGAGUUUUGCUUCGUUGUCUCAGAGGUGCACCGUGACCUAUACAACGGCAAGCAGCCAGACCCCGGUCCACCUUUCUCGCAGUUUGCAGAAUAUUUGUCCCGAAAUUCUGUCAGUCCUGCAUGCGAGCAUUUUUGGCGCGAGAAGUUGAUGGGAUCAAAACCUACUGUGAUUGGCUCUGGGUCCUCGGUAUCUAUGAUACCGGACGGCUGCUUCGUGGAGAGAGUCACUGCUCCUUCACGCAGUCAAUUCACGUUCGCUGUCAUUCUCUACACUGCGUGGGCCCUGAGUCUGCGGAAUACCACCCGCAAUCAAGAUGUCACUUUCUUUGGCUCCGUUAGCGGACGAAACAUGUCAUUUCAUCGCUCUGCAAAUGUGGUCGGGCCCUGCAUCAAUGUUAUUCCCACUUGUGUCAAAUUACAUAAGUGCAGAACAAUAUACCAUUAG